CGCACCGCCCCGCCGAGUCCGGCCCCCGGCGCCGCAGCUGAGGCCGGGCGCCCUCACCAUGCCGCGGGCUCCGGCGUCCCUGUACGCCUGCCUCCUCGGGCUCUGCACGCUCGUGCCCCGGCUCCCAGGUCUCAACAUAUGCACUAGGGGAAGUGCUACUUCGUGUGAAGAGUGUCUGCUCAUCCACCCACAAUGUGCCUGGUGCUCCGGAGAGGACUUUGGCAGCCCAAGAUCAGUCAUAUCCCGGUGUGACUUGAGGGAAAACCUCAUCAGGAACAGCUGUGGAGGUGAGCUUGAGAGCCCGGCCAGCAGCACCCAUGUCCUGCGGAGCCAGCCUCUCAGCAGCAAGGGCUCCAGCUCUGCGGGCUCAGAUGUCAUUCAGAUGACGCCACAGGAGGUGGCGGUGAACCUUCGGCCAGGUGACAAGACUACCUUUCAGCUGCAGGUUCGACAAGUGGAGGAUUAUCCUGUGGACUUGUACUACCUCAUGGACCUCUCCCUGUCCAUGAAGGAUGACUUGGACAACAUCCGAAACCUGGGCACCAAGCUCGCUGAGGAGAUGAGGAAGCUUACCAGCAAUUUCCGAUUGGGGUUUGGCUCUUUCGUAGACAAGAACAUCUCCCCUUUCUCCUAUACAGCGCCGAGGUACCAGAACAAUCCAUGCAUUGGUUACAAGUUAUUUCCAAACUGCGUCCCAUCCUUUGGGUUCCGCCAUCUGCUGCCUCUUACAGACAGAGUUGACAGCUUCAACGAGGAAGUACGGAAACAGAGGGUGUCCCGGAACCGAGAUGCCCCAGAGGGGGGCUUUGACGCAGUCCUCCAGGCAGCUGUCUGCAAGGAGAAGAUUGGUUGGCGAAAGGAUGCACUACACUUGCUGGUGUACACAACAGAUGACGUGCCACACAUCGCACUGGACGGAAAACUGGGCGGCCUGGUGCAGCCGCAUGAUGGCCAGUGCCACCUGAAUGAGGCCAACGAAUAUACCGCAUCCAACCAGAUGGACUAUCCAUCCCUUGCUUUGCUUGGAGAGAAGUUAGCAGAGAACAACAUCAACCUCAUCUUUGCAGUGACAAAAAACCAUUAUAUGCUCUACAAGAAUUUUACAGCCCUGAUACCUGGAACAACAGUGGAGAUUUUACAUGGAGACUCCAAAAAUAUCAUUCAGCUGAUUAUCAAUGCGUACAAUAGUAUUCGGUCUAAAGUGGAGCUGUCAGUCUGGGAUCAGCCUGAGGAUCUCAACCUCUUCUUCACUGCUACCUGCCAAGACGGUGUAUCCUACCCUGGUCAGAGGAAGUGUGAAGGCCUCAAAAUCGGGGACACGGCGACCUUUGAUGUGUCAGUGGAGGCCCGGAGCUGCCCCGGCAGACAGGUGGAGCAGAGGUUCACCCUGCGGCCCGUGGGGUUCCGGGACACCCUGGAGGUGGGGGUCGCCUACAGCUGCACGUGUGGCUGCAGCGCCCGGCUGGAGCCAGACAGCACCAGAUGCAGCGGCAAUGGGACUUACGUUUGCGGCCUGUGCGAGUGCAACCCCGGCUACCUGGGCACCAGGUGCGAGUGCCAGGAAGGGGAGAACCAGAGCGGGUACCAGAACCUGUGCCGGGAGGCCGAGGGGAAGCCCCUGUGCAGUGGGCGCGGGGAGUGCAGCUGCAACCAGUGCUCCUGCUUUGAGAGCGAGUUCGGGAAGAUCUACGGGCCUUUCUGUGAGUGCGACAACUUCUCCUGUGCCAGGAACAAGGGAGUCCUCUGCUCAGGCCACGGCGAGUGCCACUGUGGAGAGUGCAGGUGCCACGCAGGUUACAUCGGGGACAACUGUAACUGCUCGACGGGCAUCAGCUCGUGCCAGGCCAAGGACGGCCAGAUCUGCAGCGACCGUGGGCACUGCGUCUGUGGGCAGUGCCAGUGCACGGAGCCGGGAGCCUUUGGGGAGACGUGUGAGAAGUGCCCGACCUGCCCCGAUGCCUGCAGUACUAAGAGAGAUUGUGUCGAGUGCUUGCUGCUUCACUCAGGGAAACCAGCUGGCAACCAGACGUGCCACAACUAUUGCAAGGAUGAGGUGAUCACGUGGGUGGACACCAUUGUGAAAGAUGACCAGGAAGCUGUGCUUUGUUUCUACAAAACUGCCCAAGACUGUGUCAUGAUGUUCACCUAUACGGAGCUCCCCAGUGGGAAGACCAACCUGACGGUCCUCAAGGAGCCAGAGUGUGGAUCUGCACCCAACGCCAUGACUAUCCUGCUGGCCGUGGUUGGCAGUAUCCUCCUGAUUGGGAUUGCGCUCCUGGCCAUCUGGAAGCUGCUCGUCACCAUCCACGACCGAAGAGAGUUUGCAAAGUUCCAGAGUGAGCGAUCCAGGGCCCGCUAUGAAAUGGCUUCAAACCCUCUGUAUAGAAAGCCCAUCUCCACACACACCGUGGACUUCACCUUCAACAAGUUCAACAAGUCCUACAAUGGCACGGUGGACUGACGUCUCCUGCUCCUCAGAGGCGUGGAGGGGCAUGAACUAAAAAGUCAAAAACUGCAAUGCUCCGGACAAAUGCUUGACUCCAUCCCGGCUCCCUAAGGAGGAAAGUACAGAGAGGCCCUUCAAGUGAGCCUGGGUGAGGAGCCUGCGCAGGAGUGCCUGGCCUGCCACCUGGCCGCUGGGCCCGGCCAUGCGAGGCUGGCCUCCUCUCCGAGCCGGGAACAAGAGGACCUUGGCGCUCGGCUUUCCCACCUUGUCCUGCUGUGUCCCAAUGAACUGCUGAGGUGCUGGGCUGCCUUCCCUCCCAGGAGGGCGGGCCCUCCAGCCUGGCCAGAGGGGGCGGCUAUUGGCAAGUGUCAGAGAGUGUAACACCAACACACAGUCUGGCUGUUUCACAGUGAUCGUUUUUUUAUGAAAUAAAAAGCUCGUGCAUCUA